CUUGAUUGGUCAACCAACAAGCACCCGGAAGUGUGUUGCUGCCAUGGUUACAGGCGUGCUCAUUCUGUAACUGUGCGCUAGGCCUAGGGAGUCGUCAGCAAUCGAAUCUUGCGGAACGAGAAGCGGCUGAGCUGACUGUGGGAUUAUCGGAGAUCGUAUAUUUUGGCAGCACGGGAUCAGUGAGGUCAUCAGUAGUCGUCUCCUGACUUGGAUUUUGACCCUGGUUCGUUCUGUUCACUGCUAAAUGGUUUCCCAUGUCCCCUGCUACAUGACAAGCAGUGUGAAAAUGGGGGAUAUACUGGCUUAUGAAGCAGAUUUACUUGGGUUAGUUAAAGAGUUUCUGAACUUUGGGGAAUUUCAGGAGACCUUAGAAUGUUUUUCUAAGGAGUGCAAAAUAAAGGGAAAACUACUUCCAAGGACUUCUGGAUCAUCACUGCGGGAAUCAAAGACACUAUUAAUACAGAAGGAUCUGAUCACUGCCUUUGAGGAUGGGGACAUUAAGGAGUUCUUUGCACUGUGGCAAGAGCACAUCCCUGUUGAGACUCAGAACACUAAUCCAGUGGCCCAAAAGCUGGAGUUUUACCUGCAGAUUCACUUUGCCAUAUUUCCUUUGAAGCAGAGCCAAGGCCGAAUCGAUCGUGUGGAUUGUGAAGAGCGGAUUUCUCACUUUAAAACAUACUUGGAAACUAGUGGGGCGGCUCUUAGCCAGACAACCGAGUUCCUCCCCUUCUAUGCACUGCCAUUUGUUCCUAAUCCAGCUGCACAUCCCUCCUUCAAAGAGAUUUUUCAGGAGUCAUGGGAGGCUGAACUGAAGAUGAGGCUGGAAAAGUUUCUCUCAGUCAUACUAAAAGCUGCAAGUACCCCCAAACUCAUCACAUUAUAUAAAGAGAGUUUGCAUAACAACCAAGAGCAACUGCAGCAGUUACAGCAGCAGCUUAUGGAGACUGAGCAUAAGGCUCGUACCUAUAAGAAAUGCUUCAACAAGAUGCAGUCUGAUUACCAUAACCUGAUUGGGGUCACUGCUGAUCUUGUUGACUCUCUGGAGGCUACAAUCAAUGGGAAACUGAUCACUCCAGAAUACCUGCAAAGUGUAUGCACAAGGCUUUUCAGCGCCCAAAUGAAGCAAAGCUCAGCUCAGAGUAUCGAUUUUACCCGCCCUGGAACUGCCUCUUCUAUGCUGCGAGCUUCAAUAGCACCUUUGAAACAACAAGAAGUGCCAUUAUUUCCAUCCUUGGAUUAUGAGAAGCUGAAGAAGGAUCUGGUUUUUGGGAAUGAUCGCUUGAAAGCAUUUAUCCUGCAAGCCUUGCGUUGGCGCCUUACUAGGUCUCAGCCUGGAGAGCAGAGGAACACAGUCUUGCAAGCAUACAUAAGCAAUGAUCUACUUGAUUGUCAACACAAUGAGCAGAAAAAUGUCCUAAUCCUGCUGCGUUCACCAAGUGAGGUUGUCCGACAAUACACUGCCCUACUGAUUGAUGUGUGUGCAUCACUGGGAUAUGGGCGAGUUUACCUCUCCCAGAAUCCUCGUCUUCUCCACUCACUCGUGGAAGCCUGGAAAGCUGAAGAGAAGGAAUCUAUCGCAAGAGAGACUGUCUUAGGCAUACUCCAAAAACUUAGUCUUAGGCGCAGCAUGCAGUCGGCCAUGAUCAAGGAUGACCUCAUUUUCUGGCUGGUGCGGGAGCUGGAAGAUCCAGACCAUCUGUCAGAUUAUGCACUGCAGUAUACCAUAGCUUUGUUCAUGAACCUUUGCCUCCGUACUGCAGGAAGAAAAUUGUGUUCCAGGGAUGCUGAUCAUGUGCUAAAAGUGCUUUCUGACCUACUUGGCCAUGAGAACCAUGAGAUUCGAUCUUAUGUGAAUGGAGCACUGUACAGCAUCCUAGCAGUCCCCUCUAUACGAGAGGAAGCCAGAUCCAUGGGCGUGGAAGAGAUCCUCAGAUGGUACAUCAGAGAAGGAAACCCUGAUAUGAAUUGUCACAUUGAGUUCAUCAUUAGGCAACUCAACUCAGAAGAUAAGUUUGAUGAAAGUGUAGAGUCUGACGAUGAGGAGGAAGAGAAAGAUGACGAGGAAGAUGAAGAUGCCCUGGAAGCUGAUCUUGACAAAGAUGAAAUUAUUCAUGCUCAGAGUGGAGAGCUGUCUGGUGAGAAGCUUUUGACCACGGAUUACCUGGGAAUAAUGACCAACAGCUUCAAAGUAAAGAAGAGGAUGUUUGCUGGUAUCUUGCAGAGCGCUGAUGAACCUCUCCAGAGACCUGUAACUCCCAGUUCUCACCGAGCUAUGAAUACAGUGCGAAAAAACAGUAAUUCACCCUCACCUCUAACGAAUACUUUCAAAUCCAGCCAAGCAAACAAAAUGUCGUUGUCUAGCUCAAGACCACCAACACGCAGUGGAAGUCGGGCCAGUUCUUCUGACUCAAUAGACUCUGAGGCAUCUCGGCUUUUCUCACCAAACAGUCUGACAGACCAUCGUGGGGCGAUGUCACCAACAUCACCCCGUAUUCUGGACCUUGGUAUGGAAAAGAACAUUGUUCAGAACAGCAGCAAAGCCUGGCUCCCGCGUAGCCCUGAGGUGCAAAAUGCCACAUCCCGCAAGACCAGAACCCCUACUAUUGCACCCCAAUUCUCUCAGUCAGGCCCACAGCAGACCAGCUAUUCCAGUUCUGCUGGAUCUUCUACUCGAAGCAGACAAAGUACCCAAUCAUACAGAAAAUGAGAAGAAGUUCUGACCCUGUGAUCUGGUGAUCGGUUAUUUAUACUGGUUGUGGCACUAGUAUCACUUGGACAAUUUCUCAUUUCUAAGGGCAACAUAACCAAGGAUGUUUUUACUCCCCCCGCCCCCCUUACACUUUGUGAGUUAAAGUGACAUGAAAAGUGCUGACCUUUGCUAACAAGUUUUAGAAGAUCAUAAAAGCCUCAAGGGCCUGAGGCUGGUGGCACACAAGGAAUUUAUGAUGCCCCUAUGACAUAACCAUAUUGGAAUUUGGAGGCAUUCUGCUGCAAGGUAUGGCAUUUUACCUAGACAAGAAUGCUUGCAGAGCAGGUUUGCAUUCUGCAAGGAUUUUAGCAGACUAUUUUCUCAAACAUCAGAAAUAGAAAUCUGUUAUAAAUAUUAACAUUUGUAUGGGGUGGGUUAAAACAUAGAAAUAAAUGAAACUCAAAAUAGACAAAUCGAGAAAAGUUGUGUUGUGUUACAUAUGUUCACCCGAUUUCUUAUGACAUUUAUGUUGUGUGCUCAACCCAUCACUAGUUUGCUCUACCUCCUCAGGUCCGUACUGUCCACUUACUGCCCACGCCAUCUUCUCUUCACUAUCUCCUAACAUUCCCUGUUCCACUCUGUACCUUAAUCUGCCUGAUGUGUAAUAGAAGAGAUGAUGAAAUUCUUACAAUGCCUACACAUGUCACAUCUCAUUAUAAUGCAGCUCCACAUUUCCAUAACCUAGAAUUCAUUUAGAACUUCCUGCAAUAUACAGACAUUUUGUUACAGACAGAAAAACCUCAAUGUAUUGACUGUAUAUAAUACUGAGCAUUUAGAUAGCAGAUCUGAGUACUCUGGCAGACUAUGUACAGUAAGACGAGAGAAAUCCAAGUGUAGGUGUUUGUUUUACUCUGCUUUCCACCUUUACAAUCUCUACCUUCUAUUAGACAACAAGCUCAAUGGAUGAAUGCUUUUCCAUUCAGCGUUGUGUGCAGUUCUAAAGGCAGAACAGUCCUAUCCACAGUACCGGCCCUUUUAUCUCCUCUCCCCAUCUCAUACAUGACCUUAUGACAGGUCUCCUCUCCCCCCUGACUAACUCCCACAGGAAUAAAACACUAUUGGGGUUAUGUAAUUAAAGGCACUAAGUUUGCCCAGAGCAGUAACCUAUAGCAACCAAUCAGCAGGUAGAAUUUCCUGGUCACAUGUUUAAAAGCAAACAUCUUAUUGGUUGCUACUGGUUACUGCUCCGGGGCAAACUUAGUUCCUUUUAUUACAUGUGGGGGUAUAAUUUGAAAAGGGAUUUGAGGAACAAAGAGCAGUAGGUGUGUUGACCUUAGUUAACUGUACCUUAGUAAACAACACAGACCCUAAGGUCUUUGCCCUAUUGAAGUUACAGAAGACAAGUUUUUCAGGUCAGAUGGUACUGUUGUAGUUCAGUGUGUGCAAUUUAUUUUUUUUCAAGUAUGAUACGCUUAAAGGGCUUGUUUACCUUCCAAACAUUUUUUCCAGUUCAGUUGUAUUUAGUUCUCUUCAGAAAAAAAGACUUUUUAAUUGCUUUCUAUUUUUUAUUUUUGACUAUUUUUCCAAAAUUUAAGUGUAAUGUCUCUGGUGUUUGUCUGACAACUCAGUGAUCCAGGUGCAGAUUUUGAACUGUUACAAUUUGCCCCAUUAGUUGAUACAUUUCUCAGCAGCAUCUCUGGAGUAUUAGCAACGAUUGCAUCAAUUCUAACAGCUGCCUGUAAUGAAACUCAGGAAAUCUGAGAAAGAAAUGUAUAAUGUAAUGUAAUGUAAUGUAUAAAUUUAGAACAGUCAGUGACCCCCCCCCCCAGAGAUGCAUCAGAAAGAUAUAAGGUGAAAAAUUAAACAUCAAUAUUAGAAAAACUUUCACAAAUAGUAAAUGAAGGGUAAUGAUGGAGUCUUUAUUUCUGGUGAACUCUCUGAAAACAUUUGAACUGAAAAAGUGUUGGAAGGUGAACAGUAACACCAAAAGAUUUGUUUUUUAAAUGAAUGAAAAUAUAAUGUAGUGUUGCUCUGCACUGUAUAACUGAUCUGUUUGUUUUAGAAAAAUGAUUAUAGUUAUAUAGUAGUAUAUAAAUAAGUUGCUGUGUAGCCAUGGGGGCAAAACGAUUAAUUGGCAUUACAGGGUAUCUGCAAGCAGAGUUAAUACUGUGCAACGUUUAGUUAUGGGGGCAGCCAUUGAAAGGAGAAAGGGAUUGUGUUACAUAGCAGAUAAGCUCUGUUGAAUAUAAUGGUGUUCUACAGAGCUUAUCUCUUUAACCAAUUGCCUCCAUUGCUACACAGCAGCUUGUUUAUAUAAACCAUAGUAGUGUUUCUGAAACAAACAUCCAUUUUUUACCAGUGCAGGGCAACCAGACAUUAUAUUUUAAUUACUCACUAUAACAUGUUUUCCUUUUUAUGAAGUUACUGUUCCUUUAAUAACAAUGGGAAGUGCUGUACUAUUUUCUGUUUAUUUAAAUUGUUGUCAUUAUAACUGAAUGUGAACUUGACCUAAUAAUGAGAUAUAUGUAAAUAUUUUAAUAUAUUUAAUAAAUGAGUUUACAAUUUGCAA